UGAAAAAUGUCUGGAAGAGGAAAAGGCGGGAAGGGACUCGGUAAAGGAGGCGCCAAGCGUCACCGUAAGGUUCUCCGUGAUAACAUCCAGGGCAUCACCAAGCCCGCCAUCCGCCGUCUGGCUCGCCGCGGCGGAGUGAAGCGUAUCUCCGGUCUGAUCUACGAGGAGACCCGCGGUGUGCUCAAGGUCUUCCUGGAGAACGUCAUCCGUGACGCCGUCACCUACACCGAGCACGCCAAGAGGAAGACGGUGACCGCCAUGGAUGUGGUGUACGCUCUGAAGAGACAGGGCCGCACUCUUUACGGCUUCGGAGGCUAAAUUACCCGGAUCAACGUCAACACAACGGCUCUUUUAAGAGCCACCCACUUGUCCUUAAAGAGCUCUUUUCCGUUCAUUUUGUUAAAUAUGAUUUUAGAUCACGAUUCUCCCCCCUUUAUUAAACAGACAUGAAAUUUAAGAAUAAAUAUCACUGAAAUUGAAAA